AUGGACAUUUUGCAUGCAGUGGUCUAUCUGUCCGUCUUCUGGACUGUAUCUUGGGACAGGACAAGAGCAGACUCUAGAUCAGAUUCAAUCAUCCACAUCGGGGCAAUUUUUGAUGAUUCUGCCAGAAAAGAUUAUGAAGUAUUCCGCAUGGCAGUCGAUGACCUCAAUCUAAAUGAAGAUAUCUUGCAAACUGAAAAAAUUACAUUUACAGAAAAAUUUGUGGAUGGUAGCAAUCCUUUUGUGGUUGUCCAGGAAGCCUGUGAUCUUAUGAACCAAGGCAUAUUGGCCCUCGUCAGCUCUAUCGGAUGUGCCUCAGCCGGGUCCUUGCAGUCUCUUGCAGAUGCAAUGCAUAUCCCUCAUCUCUUCACACAGCGAUCCACUGCCAGAACACCAAGAAGUAGUUGUGGGCUCAAUAGGAGUAAAAGGAUUGAUGACUAUACCUUGUCUGUUCGCCCCCAAGUCUAUCUGAAUGAUGUUAUCCUAAGAGUCGUCACCGAAUAUGGCUGGCAGAAAUUCAUCAUUUUUUAUGACAACAACUAUGAUAUCCGUGGAAUACAAGACUUUUUGGAUAGAGUAUCUCAGCAGGGAAUGGAUGUAGCAUUGCAGAAGGUAGAAAACAACAUUAAUAAGAUGAUCACGGGACUCUUUGCUACUCUACGCAUAGAAGAGCUAAAUCGCUACAGGGACACGCUGAGAAGAGCCAUUCUCAUUAUGAGCCCAACAACUGCCAAAUCCUUCAUUACAGAG